GAUACGGUGUUGAGAAUGCACCUGUUGAUGAACCAUAUUACCCGUCGCAGCAAUCGUAUCCGGGUUAUGGGGUAUACGGGGAUGAAGGUGGAUACGGAAGUUACAGUGGAUACGGUGGUGAUGGUGGAUACGGGGGUGAAGGUGGUUACAGUGGAUAUGGGGGCUACGGUGGAUACGAUAGAUAUGGGGGUGACGGUGGUUACAGUGGAUACGGGGGUGAAGGUGGUUACAGUGUAUACGAUAGAUCUAGGGAUGAAGUUGGAUACGGUGGAUACGAAGAACAUGGUGGAUAUGGUUAUGAGUCCCGUAACACAUCACUUUAUGAACCAUCUACCCCGGGCAAUCCAUUUCAAGUAAAUGAGCGUUUCAUGUCUCUAACUGAUUUGAAGAAUUGGGUACAAGAAACGGGAAAGGAUAAUGGUUACGUAAUUGUUACCCGCCGAUCAAAAAAUAUUGGCGGUACUACUGGGAUGGUAUGGCUUGUGUGCGACCGUAGUGGUGAACACCGUAGUAAAGCAACAGUUAGGAAAGCUGGUAGCAAAAAAAUCGGCUGCCCAUUUUCAUUACUCGCCAUCCGGGACGUGACGAACGACACGUGGGAGUUAAAAGUGGACUGUGCGAACCAUAACCACGAACCUACGACGAGUCUGUUGGGCCACGCUUUUGUGCGAAGAUUUACUAAAGCCGAAUACAAGCUAGUGGAGCAGCUAACUGCUCAAAACAUGGAGCCACGUAUCAUAUUUCAAACCCUAAGAUAG